AUGAAGGCAUCGGCCACCUACCUGAUGGUGGCCCUGCUGGUGGCCUGCGGCGCUCCCGCGAGCGUGCUGGGCUCCGCUCGGCGCGAGCUCAUGCAGGGCGGUGAUGGGCCUGUGGCUGCACCUGCUGGCGACAGCGCUUGCCUUACGCCGUCUGACCGAUCUGGAUACGCCUGCAUGAUGACGCCUCCGGGACUGGACGCCAUGACUGUGCACUGGUUGCUGGGGCCGGUGGCCGAUGAGGAGGCGGAGGGCCCCACCCCCGGUGAGGGCGAGAUCUCGGUGCUGCUCAAUGGCACGACCACCGGGUGGCUGUCGUUCGCCUUCGCCGACGAGGCGCUCCAGAUGAACCCUGCGGACGUGGUCCUGGGAUACGUGGACGAUGAAGGGACGGCGGUCGUGAAGGCCUACAAAGUCUUGAGGAAGGCCAUCUCCGCCGACGAUGAGGAUGACACCGUCGAGCUCACCGGCGUCAGCGGGAGCGAGGUGGACGGGGUCACCGCCAUCGAGUAUACCCGCGCCCUGGACGCUGGCAUGUUCCCCAUCGACCCCACUGCGGGCCCGCUCAGGGCGAACGCUGCACACGGCGCCGACGGCGAGGAUGGCCUCAUAUACCACGCGUCCAACCGCGUGGCGUUCACCGCCGACCUCGUGACGGGCGAAGUCUCCACUUGA